AUCCUGAAUUCAGGAUAUUGAUAGAAUAUGUUAGAAUUAGAUGCAUAUACUGCUAGGGCAGAUCAAGCUGAGAAACAGAUUGAAAUACUUAUUAAGGAACUUGAGAACUUGAAGUCAGGAAACAUUGAAGCAAAGGAUAGUUCUCAAACUUCUGAGGAAUUGACCAAACUCAAGGCGGAGAAUACCAGGUUGAAGUACAGGAUCAAUAUUCUGAAGAAAGCUGUGCAAAAGGAGAUGAAUAGUAGUGAGAAUAUGAAGAAUAUCUCUACCCUGUUGAUAGAUUUGUUUAAAUCUGGAAUAUCUGUUGGGUUCCCCGACCUAGUCGACCCUCCCUGUCCUGUCCUACCCUCACCUAAGUUCGGAGAUUAUCAGUUCAAUGGUGCUAUGCCUAUCUCAGGUCUUCUUAAGGCUUGUGGUAUUAAGCUUGCACCUCGAGAUGUUGCUACCAAGAUAGUUGAGAAUGUGCCCAGUAAUGAUGUAAUUGAUAAACUUGAGGUGGCUGGACCUGGCUUUGUCAAUAUAUUCAUCAAGAAAUCAUUCAUUCAGGCUGAGCUGGAUGCUCUUGUAGAAAAAGGGGUUCGUCCACCUCCUCUAGAUGGUGGAAGGAAGAGACUUAUUGUUGAUUUCUCCUCACCAAAUAUUGCCAAGGAGAUGCAUGUCGGACAUCUUAGGUCAACCAUCAUCGGAGACUCUGUUUGCCGUCUAAUGGAGUUCCUGGGACAUGAUGUUGUUCGUCUUAAUCAUGUUGGGGACUGGGGGACACAGUUUGGUAUGUUGAUAGCUCACCUUCAAGACGAGUUCCCUAAUUAUCUGACUGAGUCUCCUCCAAUCUCGGACCUCAUGACCUUCUAUAAACAGUCAAAGCUGCGGUUUGACUCUGAUGAACCCUUCAAGGCUCGGGCUUAUCAAUGUGUUGUCAAGCUUCAGGCGCAUGAUCCAGAUUAUAUCAAGGGAUGGAAUCUAAUCUGUGAUGUUUCAAGGAAAGAAUUCCAGAAAGUUUAUGAUCGACUUCAAGUUCAAAUCAAGGAGCGGGGUGAGUCCUUUUACCAGGACAAGAUGGUCGAGGUUGUCAAGGACCUCACUGACAGAAAACUUAUUCAGGAGGAUGAGGGUCGAAUGGUAAUGUUUGGUCCUGGGUGUUCGGUUCCUUUAACCGUGGUUAAAUCUGAUGGAGGGUAUACCUAUGAUACCAGUGAUAUGGCAGCUCUAAGGCAGAGGGUAGAGGAGGAGAAAGCAGAUUGGAUAAUAUAUCUGACAGACCUGGGGCAAGCAACUCAUUUCCAACAAGUAUUUGCCUGUGCUCAACAAGCAGGUUAUUUCGACCCCGCAAAGGUGCGACUAGACCAUGUUGGGUUUGGAGUUGUUUUAGGAGAGGAUAAGAAGAAGUUUAAAACUAGAAGCGGAGAUACAGUCAGGCUUGUGGAACUCCUUGACGAAGGAUUAAAACGAAGCUUGGAGAAACUGAAGGAAAAGGGAAGACAUGAGGUUCUGACCCCUGAAGAGCUUGAAGCCGCCCAGCAGAGUGUUGCCUACGGUUGUAUCAAGUACUCUGACCUCUGCCAUAACAGGAACCAUGAGUACGUAUUCUCCUUCGACAAGAUGCUGGAGGACAAGGGGAACACCGCCGUGUACAUGCUUUACGCGUACACUAGGAUAAGAUCAAUUGCGAGAACUGCUAAGGUGACGGACGAAAUGUUGUCUGAGAUAAAGAAGAAGAAGGAAGUGUCUGUGAGCCUGGAACAUGAAAAGGAAAUGAAAUUAGGAAAACAACUUCUUAAACUUCCGGAAGUUAUUACAAGGAUAACUGAUGAUCUGUUUAUGCAUUCUCUCUGUGAAUAUAUGUACGAGGUGGCAAAUGUUUUUACAGAGUUUUAUGAGAAUUGUUAUUGUGUUGAAAAGAACUCUGCCGGGGAAACUGUGAAGGUAAAUUAUGAUCGUCUGCUGCUGUGUGAUGCUACUGCAAACGUACUGGCGACCUGCUUUAAUAUUCUUGGCCUGAAUCCGGUUCAGAAAAUGUAAACAAUAACAAUACAUGUUUCUACUUGUUAACACUAUUGUGAACAUGAAAACUAUUUUGAAGAAAAAUAAAGUUCUAUUUUUUUC